CUGAAAAAGCAUAAUGUUGUGUCUAAGAUAUUAAAGUCACGGAUUUGAUUAUCAUUUACAAAGUUUAAGAUGAAAACAGAAAAUCAAACUGGGUCUUGAAGUUUAUGGGUUUCCGUAUACAUGGCAGAGACAAGAGCUGCCAGCAGAGAUGCAACAGAGACGUGCAGUCAUAAUAUCAGUACAGUACCCACUACUGACAGUCUGACACAUACAGAGUGCAGCAAAGCAGCACUAAUAUGUUUCAAAACCAUUAGUUUUAUCCAUAUGGGUACAGAAGAUUCUGCAACAUCAAAUGGUCCCUAAAAUUAGUGUUAUUAUACCCUUCAAACUUCAAACAAGAACAACAAGAAGAGCAGAAUGAAUGGAGGUAUUAGUUACACUUACAGGUUCCCUUUCACUGCAAUUCAAUGGCAAGAGCUUGAACAUCAAGCUCUUAUUUACAAAUACAUUAUCUCUGGAAUACCUAUUCCACCUGAUCUACUCUUCUCUGUCAAAACCAGUUUGGAUUCUUCUUCUUCACUUCCUCAACAUGUUGGAUGGAACAGUUUCCAGAUGGGUUCUGUUAGGAAGAUUGAUCCAGAACCUGGUAGAUGUAGAAGAACAGAUGGGAAAAAGUGGAGAUGUUCAAAAGAAGCAUACCCUGAUUCAAAAUACUGUGAAAGACACAUGCACAGAGGUAGAAACCGUUCAAGAAAGCCUGUGGAAGCCAUUAUAAAACCAUCAAUCAACAAACCCCAAACCAGCUUCCUUCCUCUGUCAAUGGUAUCUGAUCAUCAUGGUCAAUAUUUUGAACACUCAUCAACCUCAAGAUCACCAAGGGAUAUUGGACUUUCUUUAUGUCAAGACAACACUAGUAGUACUGGUCCUAUGCUUUUGGAUUUUGGUCUUUGUUCAAAUCCAGACAGGUAUAAUAAUGAAGCAUAUGGUGGAAUGAAAGAAGAUGAUGGUUUGUUUUUUGAAGCUUCUGGGAGAAUAAGAAGGUAUUUAAGUUUUAACCCUGAUGAUCAUUGGCAACUUAAAAUGGGUCAUUCUUCAACAACACAUUUGAAACAACCUUACUCUUCUUCCUUACAAUAUGGGUAUCAAGGUCUCAAUGAUAAUCAUCUAGCUACCCAUAUUGAGGAUAAACCUCAGAAGAAGAUAAUGCACAGUUUCUUUGAUGAAUGUCCCAAAAACAAGGAUUCUUGAUCAACUCUAUCCCCCACAAUCAAUCAUUAACAAGAACAAAUCUCUACUACUUCUAGUCAAAGAGCCAAAAGGGGGUGUUUUUUCAUCAUUGUGUGUGUGUAUGUGUGUAAUGAUAUGUAUGCUUAUUAUUUUGUUGAAGAAUGUCAAGUGGUUCCCUUUCUUUUUGUGUUCUUCCCCAGCCCCAGCUUUUUAACUUGCUAUAAAGAAUAAUUUGAUUAUGGGAUCUCUUUUAUCCAAUUGAUGUUGGCUUUUAACAUGAUCUGAAGGCUGAAGCAAGUUCUUUGGCAGACAGUCUAUAGUUUAGUCUAGUCUGCUUUAAUGCAAAAUUGAUCAGGUGGU